AUGGGCAAGACUUCUCGACUAAUGCAAGAGCAUAAUGUCACAAUUCGAGUAAUAGGUUCCUAUAGUCAUAGAGGUCUUGGAAUAGUGAAGCAUUUCAAUAAGACAGAAGCAGAUAUACUCUACAAGAUUUAUUACCUAAAUAAUUAUCCCACACAUCUUAUCAGAGAACCAGGUUUUUUAAAAUGGAGAUUAGCACCUUCAAAAGCUAUUUUAUUAGAAGAGAAAGGUGAUUCUGUUCACUAUCUUCUUGCCAAUGCUGAAUGGAAAGGUGGGAUAAAAGCAGUUUGCAGAUGCACUGAUUCCAUAUUUUCACCUUCUAUUCAUAAGAUCCGAAAAAUUAUAAUUUUUAAAAAUGAGCCUGUCUUAUAUUAUCUCGAAGGUGAUAAGUUUUUACCAAAGCAGAGAUUCAUGAGAGAGGAACUCAUGUUAAUAGCUGAUCCAGAAAAGGUUGAGUACCUACCUCAAAAAAUAAAAUUCAACAUUUGCUUAAGGGAAAAAAAAGAGAAUGGCCCAAAGACAUAUAGGAAAAACAUGACAUUUCAUGCAUUAAAAGCAGAUGCAAUUCCAGACAUAACUAAAUUUUCUCCAGAUUGGAAUACAGUUGUAGUCUUCGAGGAUCUUUGUGCUGAAUCAAAGAAAAUUCAAGAUCGGAUUGUUCUAUAUUUUAUUAGUAGCCAGCAUCAAGAGAUGACAUUAGCAGAGUUAUAUAUCAAUAUACGAACAAUCCAAAAAAAGCAUCCAAAAUUAUCAAUAAACAUUUACAAGAAUGAGAAUUUGUGGUCUUCGAUUUUACCAAACCAGUAG